AGAAGAGAGGAGCGGUAGGGGUGGUGUGGAGCCCGGUGCGUCUGCCGACCGCGCUCCGGACCCGCCCGGGCGCGGCGCCCGAGUCCCGCAGCGCCCCGCGGUCCGGGGAGCAGACGUGGCCCGCGUCCCGCACGGCGGCUCCGGGCCUAGGGGCCCACCGCUCCCGCCCCGGAGGGUGCGGAGCAGCGCUCGCGGUUCUGCAAGCCAGUAAGAUCAUGGAUUUUCUACGAAGUUUUGGCCACCCUACAUGACAAAGAUCUGUGCCUGUCAGUGAAAAGGAAUAUAUAUGGGAAGCUGUCUUCAUGUGAUUCCAUUCUACCAAGUGUCGAUUUCCCUCCAGUGUCUGUCUGCUUUUGGAUACUCGGGUAGAUCUACUGUCUUCAGGUAUCCAUUUUUUUCCAGCUAUAUUAAUCUUUUUUAAAAAAUGGAUUUCUUAAACUCAUCUGAUCAAAAUUUGACUUCAGAAGAACUAUUCAACAGAAUACCAUCCAAAAUCCUUGUGUCCCUCACUCUCUCCGGGCUGGCACUGAUGACAACCACCAUCAACUCCCUUGUGAUUGCCGCAAUUGUUGUGACCCGGAAGCUGCACCACCCUGCCAACUAUCUAAUUUGCUCCCUGGCAGUGACAGAUUUUCUUGUAGCUGUCCUGGUGAUGCCUUUCAGCAUCGUGUAUAUUGUGAGAGAGAGUUGGAUUCUGGGGCAAGUGGUCUGUGACAUUUGGCUCAGCAUUGACAUCACGUGCUGCACAUGCUCCAUCCUGCAUCUCUCUGCUAUAGCGUUGGACCGGUACCGGGCAAUCACAGAUGCUGUCGAAUACGCCAGGAAAAGGACUCCCAAGCAUGCUGGCAUUACAAUCACAGUAGUUUGGAUUAUAUCCAUUCUUAUCUCUAUGCCUCCUUUAUUCUGGAGGCACCAAGGGACUAGCAAAGACGACGAGUGCAUCAUCAAACACGACCACAUUGUUUCCACUAUUUAUUCAACAUUUGGAGCUUUCUACAUCCCAUUAACACUGAUUUUGAUCCUCUACUACAAAAUAUAUAAAGCAGCAAAGACGUUAUAUCACAAGAGACAAGCAAGUAGGAUUGCCAAGGAGGAGCUGAAUGGCCAAGUCCUUUUGGAGAGUGGCGAAAAAAGCACUAGACUGGUCUCCACACCCUACAUGCUAGAAAAGUCUUUAUCUGAUCCAUCAACAGACUUUGAUAAAAUUCAUAGCACAGUGAAAAGUCACAGGUCUGAAUUCAAGCAUGAGAAAUCCUGGAGAAGACAAAAGAUCUCAGGCACAAGAGAACGCAAAGCAGCCACUACCCUGGGAUUAAUCUUGGGUGCAUUUGUAAUAUGUUGGCUUCCUUUUUUUGUAAAAGAAUUGGUUGUUAAUGUAUGUGAAAAGUGUAACAUUUCUGAAGAAAUGUCCAACUUUUUGACAUGGCUUGGCUAUCUCAAUUCCCUUAUAAAUCCAUUGAUUUACACAAUCUUUAAUGAAGACUUCAAGAAAGCAUUCCAAAAACUUGUACGAUGUCGAUGUUAGUUUAAAGAAAGUUGAGUAUUAAAAAGUUGGGGAUUUUUUUCAGGUGAAGUAGCUAAAUGAAUGCUAAUUAAUAAAGCUUUUAAACUUUAGAAGGAAAUAAAUUAAAACUGCUAAAAUGAUAAGAGUAUAAUGUAUGCUUUAAUAGCAACAUGAACAAAACAAAAUUUUUCCAUUUAAAAAUGUUUCUUUUGACCAUCAUUCUAUAAUGCUCAAAUUAGAAAGUAAUUUAUUGCUUAUAAACAAUAUUUUGCCUAUGCAAUGUUCCUAAAAGGCUAACUGGAAAUAUAUAUAUGUAUAUCUACAUAUACCCACAAAAUUAAUAAUACAGGUUCUUCAGGUUCAUGUCUUACAACAAGAAGAGUGUUCAAUUAACAGCAGAACUCCAUUCAUAAUUUCUAUAUAAUCUUAUUGUUUUAUUAUAUAAUUCUAUUAUUUUGUAAAAACUAUAAUUUACCAAGCACACAUUUCUCCUAACUAGCCACUCUUGUUCCCUUGCCAUCUUAUCCUGGGUAAAAGGGGAGUGGGGAAGGAGUUAAUAGACUCAUGUAAUGUUGUUGAAGGAAAUGUAAAAAGUCAGAGAUUGAUAUUAUCUUUGUAUUUAGAUAGUAAACAGCAAUCAUGAAGUGAGUUAUGUAUGCAAAAUAAUUCUAAACACUGAACUUAUGCAUAUUUAGCAUAUUCUUUUUGUUCAAUGAAUUCCUAGAAGAAUAUUUUCUUAACCAUAUAUCAUCAACAUUUGAAAUCAAAGCCUUACUCUAAUAGCAAUAAAUCAAGAGGGGUCCAGGGAAAGGUAUUCUAAUUGUCCAAUGUUUAUUUAUAAAUCAUAUUUAAGGCACCAGGUACUCUAGGUUGCUCACCACAGUUACUAUACUCCUUAUGUCUUUUUAAAAAUAUAAAAAAUAUUUCAUUUCUGCUAAUGUUAAUAAGGUCAAUCAUUAAUUAAAAUGUCCAUGGUACUUUGGCAGCUCCAUACCUUCAAUUUGAGCAUUUUUCUUUCAUUACUAAGAAUGUGACAAGAACUCGUAGAACUUUCCACUGACUUUCAGAAAAAUUCCUGCUUUCCAACUAGUAGAGAUAAACAGGAAAUAUUCAUAUUAUUUUAACUAUAUAUUAUGUAUAAUUAUCUCCCAGUCAGUCCGCUCAGUCAGUGAAUCAAAGCAAGUCCAUAAGUUUCUCUUCAAUACUUACAUAGGAAUUUAGAAACACAAGAACCCUACUUCUGAGAAGAUUUCAUUUCAUUUGAAUUGGCAAGAUAAUAGACUACUUUUUGAAAGGCAUACCAUCAACCAAAAUCAUUUGAAAAACAAUGCAUUCUUUAUUUUUAAGCUGUACCUUUAUGUGUACUCUAAAUGUUCUUUUCUGCUUAGGAGCUUAAGAGUAUAUUGCAUCAAUUUUUAUUUGUCUAUGACACAUUACCAUCAAUUGAACAAAUAUUUACAGAAUUCUCACUUUAAGGCAUUGAGGUGUACUAUAUAGAAGAUGCAAAAAUAAAAUAAAAUACAGCUUCUCCCCUUAACAUGUUUAUAAUCUAAAAGGUGAAACAAAGAAAAAAAUGAACACUAUAAUAGAAAAGAAAAAACAAAGAUUUGGCAUGAAAGUUUAGGUAGUUAUGAUGGCAUGAUACUUUAUGUAGUAUCAGCAAUAUUUCAUAAAUAAUGUAAUGAAAAUAGAUAAUAAAUAAAUAGCAUUGGGCAAGAGAAAUGGAAAACCACACUGUAGGUGAUGGUAAUGUCAGAAGUUCAGACUGAGCAGUGAGGGUACUGGAGAUAAUGGCUUCCUGUUAGAAAGCAAAUGAAGAAUCCAGGCAAGAAGUGGUUGAAGUCCUGAACUUGAUUCUGGCAAUAAAGGAUGAAACAGUUGAGACAGUUGGAGGCAGAAUCUACAGGAUAUACUAAGUAUGUUAAUAAACAGACAGAUGGAGGAAAAUGAAAUAGAAACACUGAGAUACUUGUCCUCAACUGAAAUUGGGAACUCAAGAAAAAGGGCCUAUUGGUGCAGUGAGAGCUUCUGAUUGGGUAUCUGAAGCACACGAAGACAUGUCAGAGCUCACAUGCACUACUGAACAGGUUUGGCCCAAGUAAAAUGCACUGUGAAGUGAGGUUGAUUUAAGGCUCCUGCCUACCUCUUUUGUCCUCUCUUCUCUUUAUCUCCCAGGGCCCUUAGUGCUGAGUUGACAGUCCAAAGCCUAUUCUUGUCCCCAUCCUUCUCUGCUUAUUUCUCUUUCCCCUUCUCACCCAAAUUUGGUUCUAUGAUUUAUUUAGUCAGAGUCCUUGCUAAAGAGACAAACAUCUGUUGAUUUAUUUACAACCACCUUACAUAUUUAUAUAGUUAUAUUGGAGAACUCUUAAGAGACACAGCCCAUCAACCUAAGGAACAAAUCUCAAGCAGAGAAAGGUUUACCCAAAUAUACAAACUACCCUUACUCUGAGUUAGAAUGAAGCUCAAAUCUAGGGAAAUAAUACUAUUAGUGACAAGGAAGACAAGUCUCCUUUCAGAGCUCUGAGGAGAAUCAAGUUUAUUAUUUCUGUGUGUACAAAGUGUUUUUUAAUUCAAAAGGGCCACAACACAUUACAGUAAUGAUUACUUCAUCAGUGUGUUUCUCCUACAUGGAAGGUAUAGAUAAUGCCAUCCCUUAUGAACAACUGUGAUUUCUCUUCAUUAUCUCUACAGAGUAGAUAAUGUUAAUAAUCUUCAAUUUGCACUUUCCUUGACAUGUAUGAAGAACAGAUUACACAUAAUAUACUCCCUGAAUCAUAAGACUUAUUCUCAAUAAAAACAUCCCAAGUAGCUAAAAGCUGAAUAUUUUUACAGAAAAAAAAAUGUAAUAAUGCACAAGAAAAAACACUACCAAUUUAUAUAAGGAUAUAAAAUGUAAAAAAAACUGCUUAAUAAAAGCUCCCUAUUGCUCAUUACAUUGCAUCCAGACUCUCUCUCUGUUGGCUUUUAGGCCUUAAUAACAAAAGAUACCACUCUCUGGAAAAUCUUAUUUCCCACUCUCCUCCCUAACCACAACAAAUGCCCCUUUCUGCCAUCCCAUCCCUCUCUUCACUGUCCUCUCUGCGUACCUUGCUCAUUCUUGUCUCCAUUGCUCUUUUAGCUAUUUUUUUCCUCCCACCUCAAUUGCUCUUCACCUCCUUUAUGGUUUAAGCAAUUAUCCUUCAAAGCACAGACUAAAUUCCACUUCCUCCUUAAAACUGAAUUCAUAUUCAAUUUCAAUAUUGUGAAGAACAAUACUGUCAUCAAUAAAUUAUUUGUUUUUAAUAUCACUAAUUUCUUCAUGAGUGUUUGAUUUUUAUACCAACUAGAAACAGUAUAUAAGUUACUCGAAGGGUAUAUGCUUAUUUCCUUAUAGUCUUUUCAUACCUAUUUUAAAUAUUUUUGAAUAGUGAUCUCCUUCUGUAAGUGAGCCUGGUCCAUUUCACUGUGUCAUAGUAACUAAAAUAUAUUAAACAGUUGAUUUAUUUUUAUUCCUAUAUUUAAUUAGUGUGUUAUUAUCAAAAAGGAAACUGAGAAAUAUCAAAAAGUAUAUUUUGCUAACUAUAGAAAAUCAGUCCUUAUUUUUCAAUGAUUAAGAACCAUCUUACUGACAAUAAAAUACAUGGAAUUCAUAGAACAAUAAUUUUUUGGAAAUAUCUAUGCAUAAUGAUAAAUCUCAAUAAGCUAUGUGGUAAUAUACAUUGUAAAUCAUAGAUGUACUAUAUAAAUAUGGCUUUAAAUUGCUUAAUUCUGAAGACAAUACUUUGAUUGCUUUUUUACAACAGGUACAAAUACACAUGGUUAUAUUAAAAUUCAGCUAUUGGCUUUCUGCCCACUUGGUGGAAAUCACACCUCUUCAUACUCCCUCUAGGGCCCCAGUCCUCCUCUGUUCCACAAUUUGUGUGUGGAUGAAAAGAGGAUAACAGUAUAGAGUAAGAAAUAUCUCUGUACUGAAAUAGAAAACGCAAUAUGUUCUUCAGCUCUAAAGGAACAGUUUUUAUGCCCAGAGGAAUUCUAGAAGUCAUUCUGUAUAUUUUUUUAAAAGCUGCAGAAACAACAUUUAUUAACAGUUUCACUUAGCACAUGCAUCUUAAAAGAGGUAAAUAAUUGAGGCCCACACCUAUCUCCUCAUCCUAUAUGAUUAUGGUACAAAUGUUCUUGGGCUACCCAAACACAGAAAUGGCAACUCUUUUAAAACUGCUCGACUCUACAGUAAGUACCUGAGAGUCCCUCCAAUACUGGGGAACACAGUAUAUUAGCUCUGGUUACUGAACUGAACUCCCCUUGUUCUCCAAAAGGCAUGUCUGUCAUGGUUAUCCCUACAGCCACAAACUUGGGUUCUAAUUACAUACUCCCCAAGAAAGGGAAUAAAGGUUAAAUUGCAAGUUCAUACUUUUAUCUCUUGUGUUUUCAUUUAUGUAGAUAUUUCAAAAUUUAAAAUCUGAACUCAGCAAUGACUUCUUCUAAGCUUGAUUUUUGUAUUAAGCUUGAUUUCUAUUAUACAUUCCAAUCAAUCUAAAAGUUUAAGAACUAUCUACUCUACUUGCCAUACUUAUACAGAAAUAACACCAAUUAUAAAUGUGUGCAUACCUUAAGAAUCUUCUAUCUUUUUCCCUGUCCUCAUAGUAUAUCAUAAGUGAAACAUCUGGAGGCUCAGGUUGGAUGAUCAAUUUCUUAUAUUUGUAUUUUCCAUUAAAUAAUAGCUGGACUAGAGUUGUGUAUGUACACUAUUAAAUCUGAGCCAAAACUUUAAAUGCAUUUUCUUUCUCAAAAUCUUCCUGUUGAUAAAAAAGUUAUUAUAUAAUAGUUAUUAUCUUUAGAAAAAAAGACAUGAAGAACCACUUAAAUUUAUUUUAAAUUUUAAUAGCAAUUGCCCAAAUUAUAGAAAAUGUUCAAACAUGAAUUUUAAUAGCCUAUGAAAUAUGAAAGUCUACUCAAUUUUCUGCUGUUAAGAAGGUAAUAAAAACAUGUAUGCUGGAAUUUGAUGUUGCUUAACCCAAAAAUAUUGUAAAAUGUAAA